AUGAACAAAUUCGUUCUUAUUGCUAUUGUUGCCACCCUGGCUUGCGGAGUUUUAGCCGGCAAUCCUCAAGAUGUUCAUGCCUACACCGUGAAGUUCGACAGUGACAUCGAUCCUACGGGAAACUACAAAUAUAACUAUGAAACUUCUAAUGGAAUCGGCGCCCAGGAACGUGGUUUAGGUGGUGAAUACGCCACAGGUGGCUACGGCUACUAUUCACCUGAAGGAAAAUUGAUUCAGGUGUCAUAUGUUGCCGAUCAGGAUGGCUUCAAACCCACUGGAAAUCAUUUGCCAACUCCUCCACCAAUUCCAUAUGCCAUUUUGAAAUCUUUGGAAUAUAUUCGCACCCAUCCUCAGGUUAACAACAAAAGACGCUUCCAGUAA